AUUAUUUCCUCGUUAGUGUGAUGACCGUGUGAUCCGUCAGUGAAUAAUCCUCACAAGUCCAGAUCUCACCCAAAAGGCCGAAGCCAUACGCUUCGAUUCCAUUUUUGUCCUGAGGAUUUUCAAAAAAUUCGCAGAUUGCUUUCGUUUUACCAAAAGCAUCGCGACUACCACUGUUCGAGGAACGAGUGAUCUUUCGACUACUGGGUGUGCAAAUUAGAGAGCAAAAUGGGCUCAUUUUUUCGGAGCGAAGAGAUGACCUUGUGUCAGCUCUUUCUGCAAAGCGAAGCAGCUUAUGCCUGCGUUUCCGAACUCGGGGAACUCGGUCUCGUGCAGUUUCGUGACUUGAAUCCCGACGUCAAUGCCUUCCAACGUAAAUUCGUCAACGAGGUUCGUCGAUGUGACGAGAUGGAGCGGAAGCUUCGGUACCUGGAAAAGGAAAUCAAGAAAGACGGGAUCCCGAUGCUGGACACGGGGGAGAACCCAGAGGCACCCCAACCUCGGGAGAUGAUCGACCUCGAGGCGACAUUCGAGAAAUUGGAAAACGAGCUGCGAGAGGUCAAUCAGAACGCCGAGGCUCUCAAGCGUAAUUUUUUAGAGUUGACUGAGUUGAAACAUAUUCUGAGAAAGACUCAGGUUUUCUUCGACGAGGCUGAGCAUGGAGGUGUCGUGUCGCAGAUGGCAGAUCCAAGCCGCGAGGAAGAGCAAGUCACUCUUUUGGGUGAAGAGGGCCUCCGCGCUGGCGGCCAGGCUCUCAAACUCGGCUUCGUUGCCGGCGUGAUUCUUCGCGAGCGAAUCCCAGCGUUCGAGCGCAUGUUAUGGCGCGCCUGCAGGGGCAACGUAUUCCUCCGACAGGCGGAGAUCGAGUCCGCCCUGGAGGACCCGUCGACCUCCGACCAGGUCUUCAAAUCCGUCUUCAUAAUCUUCUUCCAAGGGGACCAGCUGAAAACGCGAGUCAAAAAAAUCUGCGAGGGAUUUCGAGCGACUUUAUACCCAUGCCCUGAGGCCCCUGCUGACCGCCGGGAGAUGGCCAUGGGAGUGAUGACGAGGAUCGAAGAUCUUAACACAGUCCUGGGCCAGACUCAGGAUCACCGUCAUCGAGUCCUGGUGGCCGCCGCGAAGAACAUCAAGAACUGGUUCAUUAAAGUCCGAAAAAUCAAAGCGAUUUAUCACACCCUGAACCUCUUCAAUCUCGACGUGACCCAGAAGUGCCUGAUCGCCGAGUGCUGGGUGCCAGUCCUGGACAUCGAGGGCAUACAGCUUGCCCUGAGGAGGGGCACAGAGCGCAGCGGUAGCUCAGUUCCACCAAUUCUCAAUAGAAUGGAGACUUUCGAGGACCCACCGACGUACAACCGUACAAACAAAUUCACGAAGGGCUUCCAAGCCCUCAUCGACGCAUACGGGAUAGCCUCCUACAGGGAAAUGAACCCUGCCCCCUACACCAUCAUUACUUUUCCAUUCCUCUUCGCUGUCAUGUUCGGUGACACUGGACACGGUGCCAUCAUGUUUUUGUUCGCUGCCUGGAUGAUUUUCAAGGAGAAACCACUAGCUGCUCAAAAAUCAGACAACGAGAUCUGGAACAUCUUCUUCGGAGGGCGAUACAUUAUCUUCCUCAUGGGGAUGUUCUCCAUGUACACCGGCCUCAUCUACAACGAUGUAUUUUCCAAAUCCCUGAACAUAUUCGGAUCGUACUGGAAAGUCAAUCACACCUGGGCCGACAUACACAGCAUGCAGUGGAUCAUGCUGGACCCGAACUCGACGGCCUUUGCAGAGACACCUUAUCCCAUUGGUGUAGAUCCUGUCUGGCAACUCGCCCAGAACAAGAUUAUCUUUUUGAAUUCGUACAAGAUGAAGAUAUCCAUCAUCUUUGGUGUAGUACAUAUGUUGUUCGGUGUUCUAGUUGGGCUGUGGAAUCACAUGUAUUUCAAGAGGAGAAUGAACAUCAUCUGCGAGUUCAUCCCACAGGUGAUUUUCCUGGUGUUCCUCUUCAUGUACAUGUCACUGCUGAUGUUCAUCAAGUGGGUGAAAUACGGACCUACAAACGUCGAGGAACUCGGGCCUUUCUGCGCACCCUCUGUCCUCAUCACCUUCAUCAAUAUGGUUCUGUUCAAGAACGGGGAUCCACCUGCUGUCUGCAAGACUGAGUAUAUGUAUGCUGGCCAGGGUGGCUUCCAGAAAUUCCUACUCGUUAUUGCCCUUCUCUGCAUACCCUGGAUGCUACUCGCUAAACCUCUGAUGAUGAUGCAGGAGAGGAAGAGGCACCACUACCAGCUGAGUAAUCAUGGAACCGAGAAUGGGGAUGUCGAGGGGGGCGUUGGGGCUCUUCAGCAAAACCAGGGGCCUCAGCCCAAGGAGGAGGAGGAGGAGGAGAUGAGUGAGAUCUUCAUUCAUCAAGGAAUUCACACUAUCGAGUAUGUCCUUGGAUCUGUCUCUCAUACUGCGUCGUACUUGAGACUCUGGGCUCUCUCGCUUGCCCAUGCUCAAUUGAGUGAAGUCUUGUGGUCGAUGGUCAUGAGAAAUGGUCUAGCCCAGGAGAACUGGUACGGUGGAAUUAUGCUGUGGGCUGUCUUCGCCAUGUGGGCAGUUCUCACUGUUGGAAUCCUCGUCCUCAUGGAGGGGCUCUCUGCCUUCCUGCACACCCUUCGUCUCCACUGGGUGGAGUUCCAGAGUAAAUUCUAUUCUGGUCUGGGCUACGGUUUCACUCCGUUUUCAUUCGAGAUCAUCCUGGAAACUGCGCAGAAUACUGUUGAAGUAGACUAAUCACUCCAAUAAUAAGAGCACUUUAAUCCAAUGUUUAAUGGGUAGAAUUUUGUGACGAGUGUUUCGAAAUCACUAGUAUUGUUUCUUGAUUCUUCUCUUGAGGAAAUACUCUGGCUUUAGUAAUUUACCAUUGAAGUAUCAGCGAUUAAAAAAAAAACGUGAUUCUGUAACGAUGUAUCAACAUUAAAUCCCUUGAGAGCUGAUUUCUGUAGAUCUGAUGUUUCUUAUCGUGUUAAGUGAUGUAUUUAUGCAUGUGUUGGACAAAAAUUAAUGGCAACAUGUACAUUAUCGCGCUAAAUAAAUACUGAGAGCAAUA